CUCCGCCCCCGCCAUGGCUGCCGCCCGCCGACUGAGCUACUAAGUGGCUGCCGGGGUAUUGGUCUCCGCUGCAGUUUCCCGGCUGCUCUGUGUCGGCGGGCUGGUGGCGCAUGGGUCUCCUCCGAGGCGUGCCCCCAUGCGCUCGGGCCAUGGCACGCCUGGGCGCUGUGCGCUCCCACUAUUGUGCGCUGCUCCUGGCCGCGGCGCUUGCGGUCUGUGCCUUUUACUACCUCGGCUCCGGCCGGGAGACCUUCUCCAGCGCCACCAAGAGGCUGAAGGAGGCCCGCGCCGGGGCCCCAGCCGUGCCCUCGCCGCCGGUGCUGGAGGUGGCGCGGGGCUCCGUGGCGCCAGCCCUGGGUGCUAAGGCCAAGAGCCUGGAGAGCGGCGGGGCUGGGCCGGUGGACUACCACCUGCUGAUGAUGUUCACCAAGGCGGAACACAAUGCCGCGCUGCAGGCCAAGGCUCGCAUCGCGCUCCGCUCCCUGCUGCGCCUUGCUAAGUUCGAGGCGAAUGAGGUGCUUAACCUGCACUUCGUGAGCGAGGAGGCCAGCCGCGAGGUGGCCAAGGCCCUGCUGCGAGAGCUGCUGCCGCCCGCCGCCGGCUUCAAGUGCAAGGUCGUCUUCCACGACGUCGGCGUGCUGACGGACAAGCUCUUCCCCGUCGUGGAGGCCAUGCAGAAACACUUCAGUGCCGGCUCUGGGACCUACUACAGCGACUCCAUCUUCUUCCUCUCGGUGGCCAUGCAUCAGAUCAUGCCCAAAGAGAUCCUGCGGAUAAUUCAGCUGGACCUAGACCUAAAGUACAAGACCAACAUCCGGGAAUUGUUUGAGGAGUUUGACAACUUCCUGCCAGGUGCUGUCAUUGGCAUAGCAAGGGAGAUGCAGCCCGUGUACAGGCACACGUUCUGGCAGUUCCGCCACGAGAACCCCAAGACCCGGGUCGGGGGCCCUCCCCCCGACGGGCUCCCCGGCUUCAACAGCGGGGUGAUGCUGCUCAACCUGGAGGCCAUGCGCCAGUCCCCGCUGUACAGCCGCCUGCUGGAGCCGGCGCAGGUGCAGCAGCUGGCCGCCAAGUACCGCUUCCGGGGUCACCUCGGGGACCAGGACUUCUUCACCAUGAUCGGCAUGGAGCAUCCUGAGCUCUUCCAUGUGCUGGACUGUACCUGGAACCGGCAGCUCUGCACCUGGUGGAGGGACCACGGCUACAGCGACGUCUUUGAUGCCUACUUCCGCUGCGAGGGCCACGUCAAGAUCUACCAUGGGAACUGCAACACACCCAUCCCAGAGGCCUAGGCACCUCUCAUCCGCUGGGUCCUCGGGCUCUGGGGAAGGAGAGGGGCAGGGUGCCCCGACAGGCCUGGAGUGCUGUCCCAACUCCUACAGAGACACCACAAGGAUGUCCUUGUGACCAGGUGCUGCAGCUCUCCCACUGCGGGUCAUUGUCCUGAGGCCACCUAGUGACGACUGGCCUGUACCCCACUGGUGCUUGGGACCCUUUUGUGGCCAGGGGGCCAAGUGUCGUGAAGGAUGAACACAUAGCCCUGGCCUGGUGGGCUAGGAAGCCUUUGAAAAGAAGGAAGAAAACGGUCCCCCUUGCCUUCAGCCCCCAAAGCAUGGAAGUCCUUUUAAGAACUGGGCUUUCCUGGACCAAAAAUCAAUUUAUUUUCAAUCAACAGGUGAGAGAGAAAGAGUACUGCUGUAGCUCCCAAUGCCCCCUCUGAAUACGUGAGCCAGGGUUUUAACAACCGGCCCAGAGUUGAAGCAUCCAAACGAAUGCCAGCCUUCCACGUGCACACCCUGGGAGGCUGUGUGCUUCUUGCCACGGUGCUCACGUCACCCGGCACAGGUGUAAAGAUCACCUCCUCUCUGGGGAGGGCCUUCAGCACCAAUUGUGGCCCACAGAGGAAACCUGGACUCAUUAUUUUAGCCUUCAUAGCAUUUCUCUCGCAUUUCGCUCCCAAUUGCAUUACAGAAGCUCAUUAUCCCUGACUCACCCGUGCCAGCGCCAGGUGACCAGACUCUGCUCAGAAAUCAAACUCGCCAUCAAAGAACAGAGAUGGGCCAUUCCCAAGGGUGCCUGGAUUGGGAAGACCCAUUCCAAAAAGGAGCCCAGCAGCACCUGUGCAGCUUGGAAGGGGUCUCGCUCUUAGGCUUACAAGCAUUCUAGUCUCUUGAUUUAGCAGAAUCACCCUUGUGACUUUGUUGCACCAGGUCAGACUCUAUACCUUAGAAGAAAUUAGGCUGUCAUUUCUUUCUUUGUGGCAGCACUCACAGCAUGUGGAAGGUUCCUGGGCCAGGGAUCAAACCCACACCACAGCAGCCACCCAAACCGCUGUAGUGACAAUACCGGAUCUUUAGCCGGCUGUGUCACAGGAGAACUCCGGGCUGUCAUUUCCUGAUUUCUGCUUUUAAUGAGUUCUCCUGUAAGCGGACUGCAAACAUGGUCCAUUCUGUAUCAUCUAGCCAUGGUCCUCGGGGGAAAAUGUUGUUGAACUUUCAUCUUAUUUCAAUUGCAUUUACUUUUUUUUUUUCUCUCCAGGAGUGGGAAUAAUAAUCUUUGAGAAUGCAGUGGUUUAUACUGUUUGCUCUCUGAUCAGUUUUCUACUACCUGAAGGUUCUGAAUCAAGAGUGUGGUCACUGUCAUUCAACGUCUCCCUCCCCACAGGAUUAAGCUGGGGUGCUCACAGCGGGUCCCCCAGGCCUAAGGGGGAGCAUGUCUGGGAAGGCAGCGGGGAGGCCAGCAGUGUUGUAUUGGACUCAAAAUAGAGAAUCAUUUCGUUCGAACUUGUGCGCAGGCCUAUCUGCUCCUGGGAGCAAAACCCACCACCUCAUCCCUGCUCAUCAAGCAUAGCCCUGACAGUCUGGUCACCUCAUCGUCUGAUGAAGCGGAGCACACAUUUCUAACUCAGCUCUCGCAGAGCUGGUCUGUCUUCUUAGGUGCCUGAUUCCCUGUUCUUAGCUACCAAUUACUGAAUGCCUGCUGCGUGCCCAGCAUUGUAUUAGGAGUGUGAGAACAUGCACUAUCACUGAUGCUCAUAAAAAUCUCAUGAAGCUCAUUCAGAAUUUCUAAAAUUUGUUGUAAGAAAAUAACGAGAUUUGUGGACAGAGGGUCCUUGUUUAUCCCAGCCUUUUUUAUAGUAGAAAGAAAUUGAGAGCAAUUUAAACUGCUGAAUAGGGGAGUGGAUAAAUAACCUAUGUUAAUCCAUACAAUGGAGUACUUUAGGCAUUGAAAAUCAUAUUUUUAAAAAAUAAUGCUUUGGAAAAUGCUUACAAUGUGCUACUGAGAAUGCAAAAUACAGAGUUACAUGGACAGUAUGAUCCUAGUGUUAGUCUUUAAAUUACAUAUAUAUGUGUAUGGUGUUUGUAAAUAUUUAAAGAGCUUGUUCUGCUAUGUUUCAUUCGUUCAACUCCUAAAUUAAUCAUGCGUUUCAAACACCAUAUUAAAAAAGCCAUCUAUUUGGGCAGUUCUUGUUGUGGCUCACUGAGUUACCCAACUAGCAUCCAUGAGGAUGUGGGUUCAAUCCCUGGCCUCGGUCAGAGGGUUAAGGAUCGGGCGUUGCCGUGAGCUGUGGUAUAGGUCACAGACAUGGCUUGGAUCUGAUGUGGCUGUGGUGUCAGCCGGUAGCUGUAGCUCCAAUUCGACCCCUAACCUGGGAACCUCCAUAUGCCACAAGUACAAUCCAAAAAAAGGGGGGGGGGAGUGAGUGAAACACUAGAGUAUUUAGACUUACAACAGCAAAUAUAUUUUUCCAACAAUUUCAACCAUUUCAACAACAUUAAAGUGUUUCUAUAGCUAUGAGUGUAUUUUUUCAUUGUGAGGAGAAGGCAGUCAGCUGAUUGAUCACAAUGGGCAAAAGCCAAACAAAAUCUCGUUUACCUUUGAGAUCACCCACUCACGAGUGUCGCCCCUCUCUGUCAUGAGUAGCCUUGACCUCACACCUUCAUGGUGAAGAGCGAAGAACUAACCCUGCCAGACUAACAAAGCCAUCAUGUGCUCCUCUGCUUUAUCACGAGCAACGUUCUGACAAAUCCUGGCAGCCUGGUUCCUGAUAAGGAUCCUGUUCUGAUCCAUGCAGUGCAAACAUAACGAAUUGUGUUUAAUUUGUCUUGUAAGUAGAGCAUAUGCCUUAAGGAUGAUCAGAAGUCUGAAAAGAGACACUUCCUGGAAUAAGGUGCUUUUUAAAAUCUCCACCUGUAUUUAUGUUUAUAUUUUCCAUAGUGAAAACUCUUCCAUAAUAAACAAUACAGGCUAUAAAAUUCUAGCCACCCACCUUCCUCCCAGUUCCCUCUAAGUAUCAUCCUGGCCACGUGACAGCUCAUGCUUGGCCAUGGUUACCAUUAUCCAUAAGAAAACAUCAUCGUGGUUCCGUAGGCUCUGGGUUUUUGGCUUUCCUUAUGGAUGCCCUAGCUCUCCAAAUAAAAGGGACCUAAUAAUAAAUAACAUCUCCAGACUCUGCUUUCUUUUCUGAUACCGUCAUCUUUUGUGUGUACACCAAUGAUAGUGGCCUUUGCAAGGUGUGUGGGCUUGUUGAAGAGAUUUAUUCUUGUAUAUGUGUCGAAACCAAACGACGGCAUCCCCUUUCCCAUAACAUCACUUCACGCCAAAGAGUGAUGUGUUGGUUCCACAGGCCAAGCCUAGGCCCCCUGCCCCCCUGGGGCUCAUGGGCUAAGGAAACAAUUACAUCUAUGACUUGUCAUCUGCUUUGACCAAAGGCCAAACCUCCGCUCAUUCUAAGACCUCCUGGCUGAUCUCAGCACGGAGACCCUAGGUGGGGCGGCAUGGAGUUUGGCAGGGUGAGCAGUGAUUUCUGAGCAAGCAGGGGUGCCAUCGCAAGAACCUAGGCCCUGAGACAGGCCUGGCUUUGAGUCCACAUUCUGCCCUCGCUACCCUGGCAAUCUUGGACAAGCAAGGUCACUUCUUUCCUUAUUUCUAGACCCAGCUAAUGAGAACUCCCUCAAAAAGUGCUGUUGGAAGAAAAGAGAUGUGUAAGGGUUUGUAGGCUGAGAAAUAAUACAUAGAUGCAAGUGAAUUCUUAAGAGUUAUUACUUAAAACACCCUUUCUAGAAAAUAAAUGAGCCAUGGUGGUGGGGGGGGACAUUAAGCGUCAUCACUAAACUGAGUAGAUGACCAGAUGCUUGCUUGUAGGAUGAUUUUUGUUGGUGACUCCACUCUGCAGAGGCCUAGAUGGGCCCAGGAGCUCUCAGGUCCUUGGAUAAACCCCCUCCCUCUCUGGGCCCAGUUUCCUCAUCUGUGAAAACAAGGGGGCAAGGGGCAUGGCCUCAAUCUCUGAGCAGCACCUGCCCUGGCUCAGUUGGAAGUAAUGUUUGCAUCCAUUGGGGUUCACACGUGCACAUGGCAGGGGGUUGAAAUCAAAGGCAGAAACUGCAGACCCCAACGCACCCGUUGCCAACUUGGAAUUGACCGUUCACACUGCAACUCACUCAAAAGGCACUGAGAGCACACUCCCCCCUCCCAAUCCGGAGAGGCCAAGUGAGGAGCACAGACACACUGGAGAACUGGGGGUGGUAUUAAAAUCCAGAGAGAGCCGACUGCUGUCCACGAGCCCCAGCCCCUCUGCUUGGGACUGACUUUAGCUAUGGCAGCUAAAAUCUUGUCUGAGCCUUCGGCUUAUGUGACCGGCUCCCACAGGGCCUCCCAGGUAGAGCUGCUCUACAGAGGGACCCACGCCCCAUGGGUCUUUCCCUGGGGAGGCCCGAGCCUUGAGUCCUUGGCCAGGGACCCCAUGGAAAUGCCCUGCAGGACACUCUUUGAGUGGACUGGCCAGCCAUUCCCAGAGGUGCUUGCAAAGAUCAAAAACCUUCCUGGAGUGAAGGCUUCCUUACCUGGGACUGGCUAGGCUCCCAGGGUAUGUACAGGCAUACCGCAAAUCUGAAGAUGUGUCUGCUCCACUCAUUCUGCAGCCUCACCGAGCACCCCGCAUUCUCAGAGCCUCAGAAAUUCUGCUGCCUCCUCGCCAGACCCUCUUCCCUGAUAGGACGUGCUCCAGGCCUCCCCUGAGCCCUGCUCUCUGCACACAGGUCCGAACAAGACCAUGGAGCACUGAGUCUGGGGUGUUUCUGAUCCUAGUGUAGAGUUCCCUCUUGGUACCAAGAUUGAGUCAAUAAGAAACAGAUAAUUUUUGAGAACUAUGUCUAGAUACUCAUGUUGCAACAGAACAAAGGGUGGGGAAAAAAUGUAAUUGCAAUGUAUACAUGUAAGGAUAACUUGAUCCCCUUGCUGUACAGUGGGAAAAUAAAAAAAAAAA